CUCCUACAGCAGCAUUCAUCUAGUUCUACAUUACAUUAAGUAUGAUACGCUGAGAUCUAUUUCUUCAUCACCUUUUCGAACGUCUCCGUUUACUACUUGACCAUUCGGUCUCUAGUCUUAUAUUCGAUGACCCUUUCUGUAACAUAGAAUCAGUCGCGCACAGUCAAAAUGCCUCCGAAGCGAAAGAGAAACGACAGGCCAUCUGAUGCUGGAGCGAAUCGACCGGCUCCUCAUCGUCCUUCCGACACAACCCUCGCCCAACAUGAUCGAGAUUUUCAAGAGAAUCUGGCAUCGCAGAAUCGCCGCGCUUCAGGCGGUCGAAACACUAGAAGAAAUCCUGAUCGCCGCGAUUCUUCGGGUAAUCAACUAGCCACCAUAGGCAAUCGAGGCCCCGUCUCUCCAUCAACUGUUCGACCAUCUAGUUCAUCGUCGCAGGCCGCUCCACCCACUAUACCUUCUACGCCGUCAGCUUUUCAAUCUAGCCAACCUAGUCAACCUCGAGUACCCGUCCCGUCGAACUAUAAUUACGCUAUACUUACAGAAUCUCGACUCUCUGUGUGGCAGCAGAAGGGUCGACAGGAAGUUGUUGAGCAUGGUGUCAAGUCUCGUAACGACGAAGACGUUGAAGAAAUCUCAACCAUCUCUCAAGAGUUCACACAUGCUGUUCUAGAAGGGCGCCUUGGUCCAACUGACGCAGGAAUUUGCGUGAAGCAAAUACUAGGACCAGCAGUUGAAAAUGCUGAUGGGCCUGGAUUUGGUUUCGAUGCACAGAGGCUAUUUCUUGAUACCCUCUCUAUUUUCAUCGAUUCCGAGGAGGGUGCUUCGCGGCCGCAGCUGCGUGAUUUUGUUGCUGCCACAGAAAUACCUCCCAAGAUUCUGCGUGAAGUUCUGGACGCACCAGCCUUACAGCAACUUGGUUUGAUCCGCGAAACCUUCGUCAAAUUGGGCAUUCGAUAUGCUACAAAUCAACUGUACCGACAGGCUAACUAUAACCUACUUCGGGAAGAAUCCGAAGGAUAUGCCAAGCUUGCUGCAGAACUCUACCGCACACCGUUUCAUGCUCGUGACCAUCAUGAUUUUGCCCUUGUGCAAGCUUGUUGGGAGCGGGUGAAGGGUUUGAUUGGGACUUUUGACCUUGAUGUCGGCAGGGUUCUCGAUGUUGUCAUUGACGUCUUUUCCGCAACGAUGCUUAGAAACAUCGUGUUCUUCUCGAGAUUUUUGCGAAUAAGUUCUUGGUGGCCUCGCAACCAGGUCGAGCAUUCUGAGAGGGUGUUCGCUGGUGGGCUGCCAAAAUGGGCUUUGCCGCAAUACGAAGAUACUAGUCUCGAGGAUCUUAAAGCCGAGCUUGUCGAACGGUGCCAUCAGCGUGACCUAAAGUUCUGGGAUAGAGCUCGAGAAAUUCAUCUGGAUGCUUUCUUCGAGCUGGGCGGGAGACGUAUUGACGACGUCGACCAGUACGAAUCGGCGGAAACAUCUGGCGCUACUACGAAUAACGACUCUAGCCUCGAUUGGAUAAGAACCACAAAGACCCUUCCACCUUGCGGCAAUAAGAUAGCUGCGCAGUUGUUGGGCUUUAAGUUUCGAUUCUACGCGUCUGACGCUCGAGAUAAGCUAGAAGCGCUCCCGGCAAAUCUGUAUUACCUCGCUGCCUUCUUCAUCAAAAUUGGGUUUAUUUCUCUACCUGAUCUUUAUCCUCACCUCUGGCCUGACGAUGACCAGAUGGAAGCUUUGAGAGAACGACGAGAAAAAGAGCUCGAGGAGAAAGAGUCGCUCAAGAGACAGGGAAACGAGCCGAAUGCGCUUCUUACAGCUGGUGCCCUUACCGAUGACACCUUACCAACCUCUUCCAAACCACGAGAAUCCACGGCUGCAAACGGUGACAGUAAUGAGCAAGAUGCGAAUGCUGCAAAGGAUGACGAUGAAAUGAGCUUGCCCGACCCAAAAGAGGCUCAUAAGGCAGACAUUGUGGCCCAUCUAUUGAUCGUGGGCGCCAUCCCUGAAGCUUUGUUCAUCAUUGGCCGAUUUCCUUGGCUUCCCGAAGCCUAUCCCGACGAGAUUUACCCGGCUCUAAAUCGCAUUCUACUUCAUUCUAUCAACAAGAUUUUCGAAGAAACUCGGCCUAUUGAAAUUCGACCAGUGACCAACAAUCCCGUUAAACCAGAAUUAGCUCAGGACCAAUCUGGGACGACCAAGGGCAACCUGAAGCUUACCGAUGGUUCCCCCGUAAAAAUAUUGAAAUGGCCCCAUGCCGAUGGUAGCCACAAAGGUAUAAUCUACCGGUUUUACCUCGAUGAAUGGGCAGAUAACGUCCCUAUAUGCCAGACGGUCGAUGAUGUCUUCACGCUCUGCAGCACACUUCUCAAUGUUUCUGGUGUUAAUAUCGGAAGGGAACCUUCCCUGGUGAAGAAAUUAUCCGCCAUUGGCGUGAAAAGUUUCUUACAAGACCAGUCGCCUGAAAAUGUGGCGCGUUGGCAAGACCUUCUUCGACGCACGCUCGUCCCUUCGCUAUGCCUUUGCGAUGCCAAUGUCGAUGCCGUAGCUGCGGUUUGGGACCUUCUUAAGCACUACCCAACGCAAGUUCGUUAUAACAUCUACUCGGAGUGCUAUGAAGGGCAGAUAUCUCGGACUCCUGCUAUGGCCAAAGCUUUCAGGCAUGCCAAAGCGGGCACGAUAGCUACUUUAAAACGCCUUUCUUAUCAGAAUAUUUCCAGUUCGGCAAAGAAACUUGCCAAAGUGGCCCUAUCAUCACCGGGUAUCGUAUGCAAGGUUGCUCUUGAACAGAUCGAAGCCUAUACCAAUUUGAUCGAGGCGUUCGUAGAAUGCACAAAGUACUUUACGGAAAUGGGUCAUGACGUCCUUGUUUGGUCUCUCUUAAGCUCACUCGGUGGCAAAAAGCGAAGUAGGACCCAGGAAGGGUCUGUACUCUUGACCAGUCGAUGGCUGCAGGCCCUAUCAAAAUUCUCCGGAAGGGUUUUCCGGCGGUAUAGUAAUAUGGAUCCGACGCCAGUUAUUUAUUACGUGAACGACCAAAUCACCCACGGGAACCCUACCGAUUUGAUUAUUUUGCGGGAGCUCAUCACUUCUAUGGGUGGAAUUGUCUCGGAUAUUGAUUUCACAGAUGCCCAACUGUUCGCAUUGAGCGGCGGUGAAGUCCUACGACGCCAGACGUUAGUUAGUCUAGGCGAUAAGCGGUACGAGUCUGCGAAGAGUGCUUCUCGUCUUAUGAAGGCGUUGGUGCAGACGGACCUCGCUUGCCGACUCCUAACAAAUAUGGCCCAAUACCGGCAAGCUGCCAUCUAUCAGUUACCGGAGAACGAAACUCAUAUCAAGUACUUGGCAACCGUGGUUGAUGACUCGCAGCAAGCUCUUGUUCAAUAUGUAGAGCUGCUACGAAAUAAUCUGGCCCCCGAACAGUUCGAUGCACUCAUACCCAGUAUUCCACGAUUGAUGACAGACUUUGGUCUUGACGCCAAUCUGGCCUUUAUGAUAGGCCGAGCCAGCCUCCAAUAUUUCAUGAUGGGUCCUGGAGAGAAGGUCGCUGUUACUGCUUCUGAAUCAACGCCAGAUGCGGACGGUGACCUGUCUAACGAAACGAAAGGCAAUGUCGACGCAGCGCCCACAGUCAAUGAGGACGCCGGGGAUCAAAUGGCAGUAGACGUGCCGGAUGCAGACGAGGCAGACCAACCUCAAUUACCUCCAGCAGUAAACGGCCAGAAACCUGACCGGUUCCUAGAAGUGCUUAGCCCCAUUACCAACGCCGUCCGAACCCUAUUGCCUGCAGAAGUAUGGGACAAAAUUAGUCCUGAAUUCUUUGUGCUUUUCUGGUCUCUGCAAACGGGCGACCUCGUGGUUCCGAUGAACAGUUAUGAGGCUGAGAUUACCCGUGUAGAAAAACAGUAUAGCGAACUCAAGCGGGAGCGAGGCGAUAUGAGUACCAAGAAGAAAUCCCUUGAUGCUCUUAUCCAGCUGAACAAGGAUCUCUCUGCUGAAGCUAGUACUUGUCACGAACGAGUGAGCAAGACCAAGAUAUUGCUUGGCAAACAAAGUUCCCGAUGGUUUAUCUCAUCAGCGAAAUCAGAAUCUAUCGCUGAUACAUUCAUUGAAGAGUGUCUCAUUCCGCGAAUUUUACUCUCACCUAGUGAUGCAGACUUUUGCCAUCGCAUGGUUAAGUUUAUGCAUUCCAGUCGAGUGCCCAACUUUAGGCUCGUCGACUUAUAUGACCGAUUUUUUGGCGUAAAUAGGCUGCGUAUGAUGAUAUUUGGCUGUACCGUUCGGGAAGCCGAAUUCCUCGGUCGUUUUAUUAAACUUACGUUGGGCGACCUAGCGAAGUGGCACAAAGAUAAAGAUAUCUACGCCAGAGAAGCAAUACAGAACGGAAAAAUUGGAUUCGCAACAGCUUUUGAAGACAAUGGUAAACCGACAUCAUUCAUGGAACACGACCAAUUUCGUGACCUUCUCUGGACAUGGCAUCGAAAUCUAGCUACGGCUCUACGAGCCUGUCUUACUGGGACGGAGUGGAUGCAUAUUAGGAACGCCAUCACAGUAUUGAAGGCAGGACUUGAGCACUUCCCUGCCGUUGACUUCAUGGGUCGGCAGUUCCUACAGAUACUCGGAAAGAUUGCAGAACGCGAGGAUGCAACAAAGAAUGGGGGCGAAGAUGGACAUAGCCACAGGGUGGAUCUCUCAGUUACAGCUAAUACUGCAACUUCAGCCCUCAAGAAGUACGCAUCGAAAUGGGUUAUGGUUCAAGCAUUUCGGUCUAAUACUAGCGGGGACUCUGUAGAGGAAAAGAAAUCAGCAGAGCCUACCAAGACUACCCAGUCAGGUCUACGGCCAAGUGCGCCAGAGUUCAAGCCUACGCCGACAAGUGUGCCCACGCGAAUCAGAGCAAAUGCCGAGGAAGAAGAUGGCGAGGUAAACGACGUGAAGACAUCAAAUGGUGGCGAAUCUGUUAAGAAAGACGCAAAUUCUCGGCAACAUACCCCUACCAACAAAGAUACAAUUCAGAAGCCGAUAAAUGUUCCUCAAAAGAUUGACUCGAGGCCAAUUCCAAGCCGUUCCUCGACUUCAAGAUCCAUACCACCUGCACCACCUGCUUCGAAUUCUAACCAAAGAGUAGAGUCGUCCCGUCCAUCCACUCUAGCCCCCGCCCCUGGCCUACCUAGCCGACCAGAAGUUCCAUUUCCUGCUCACUUUACGCACGACAAAUUUGGACAGAUCACAACUUCCGCGCAUGCCCGCGAUCAUAGAGAAAAUAGGGAUCCCAGAGAGGUGCGAGGUCCAAGAGAUCCGAGAGAGCUUCGUGAUUCCAGGGAAUUGAGAGAUCCCAGGGACCAGAGGUCGUCGUUCCGAGCUCCAGAUGAUUCGCGUCUAGCUCAAGUACGAGAUCAGCCAACUAGGGAUCGUCGCAUACCGGAGAAUGUUUCAAGGGAGCUUCCAAGAUCUGAGAGGGAUCGUCCUCCACACCGACCAGAGCCCGGCCGGCGAAACGAAUCAAACGCCCCUGAUCGCGAUGGCCGCGGUCCGCGUGACCGUCCAGGACCUUCAGGCGGUGUCAGCCGAGGACCUGAUUCGGCCAGAACGCAACGCGACAAUCAAACAACCACAAACCCCAUGCCACCACCUCCACAACCAGAGGUACAAGGCCCGACGGUGAACCCGGAACGCGCACGCCUUAUCAACGCGGAUCGUCCGGAUGAACGUGCAAACAUGGUAAAUCCAGCUCGUGCAGCUCUAAUCAAUGAAGGCAGGCCUAGUAGUCGCCAGUCUAGAGAAGAUAGUCGAGAUCGCAAUGGUUCCCGCCCGGUGUCUCCCCGGAGAGAUAGCCGUCCUGACUCGCGACCUAGCGAUUCAUCUCGUGACCGGGCUCAUCGUAUGGAUCACCCCCCUCGAGACCACUGGAAUGAAUCAUUGCCAUCUAUUGGACCAAAGGGCAGUAGGAUGAUUGAGGAGGGUGAUCGAGGCUUAGCCGAGAGGCCUCGAGACCCUCUCCCAUUUCCAGGGCCACCUCAUGCAUCCAGAAGUGAACCUGAUCACGGUCGAUUAAACAACCAAGAUCCAGAAUAUGGCCGCCUAAGCUCUAUCCCCUCGAUUGGUGACGCACCUAACCCACCUGAGGGGCCACGUGGUCGUGGCCGGAACUCAGCUCGUGCCCCAGCAAAUAACAUUCCGGGGCGACCUGAUCCUAGGUUCCCGAGCAACGAUCCUCACCGGCCUCCGUCACCAGACAGGCAUCAUCCCCCUACUGGGCCCGCGUCGUCUAGGCCGCGACGAGGUCAGACUGGAGGACAAUAUGGUCAUGGAAACGGUCCGGCUAUCUCGCCGACGGCUACUAAUCCUCCGGCAGGAAUACAUCCAGAAAGGCUAAGGCAAUUGAACCCGGGUGGCUCUACCGGAUCGGUACCACCCCCCCAGUCAUCAUUUCCAGCUCCUGCCCCUAGUCCGGUCUCUGUGCAUCCAGAUCGAAUGGGCCAGAUUGCGGCAUCGCCUUCUGGUUCCCACCAGGGCAAUCGCUCUGCUCUACCUCCUUUACAAACCUCCGAUCGCGCACCCAUGUCUGGUCCAUCAAAUCAUCGUCAACCGUCUGGAGGCCACGCAGGUGCCUUCGGGUCAGAUGCUAACAUAAUGGCCGCGCCUACCGGACCAGCAAACUCUAAUGAACGUUCUAGGGCUGGCGGUGGGAGACGGCAGCUAUCGGGUAUCAACACUAUACUUUCAGGAGGAAGCCCUACGGUGCGUUCAAGGGGCUCCCGAUCUAAUCUGGCUGGCUCUGAUGCCCAAGUGCUUACGGGAGCGUCUCCCGUGUCCACGCCGGUUCAUGAACGUCCUGACCCGAAUAUUCUAUUAAGUGAGCGCAAUAUGAACGGAGGGGAACGCCCAGGGCGAAAUGAUCACGAGCGAGGACGGAGAGAGCACAGUAAUGCUGACCGAUCUCUACGCUCCUCCCGCCGGAGCAGUCGGGAUCGUAGUACAGAAAGGGACCAGAGACCAAAGGAGCACCGUGAUUACCGAGACCGGAAAUCUAAUACCGGGGUCCCUGGACACGGGAGAGAAGGCGAGAUGGAACCGCCACGUCGAUCUGGUCGGGACUCUACAGGUAUUGGUAGAGAACCAAUACCCAGUGCAGGGAGAGGUGAUUUAAUGGGUAACCCUCGUGACGGGCAGCGAGAGCCGCGUCAUCGUGGGGAUGGCGGAAGCGGAAGACAUGAAGAUUACGGACGCGGUCGAGGUGGAGGUGGACCAGGUGGAGGGCAACGUGGAGGUGAUGAUCGUCGAGACGCAAGGGGCGGUGACGAUCGAGGCCGCAAGCGUCGAAGCGAUGAUUUCGGAGGACCCACCGAGAAGAGGCAGAGACGUUAGGAUCGGGGUCAAGAAGACCAAGCUCAGCCGUACUAUGUGAGAUUACCUCGAUAAAGUUCUUUAUUUUAUUUUUGUUUUUUGAAACUCGACUAUGUAUCAUGAAAACCGGCUCAGGGAGGCAACGAGCAUAUAAUUCGCAAACAAUGGCAGAGACAACGGAGGCAGUGUCAUUGAGUACUACAUUUCCAUAGCAUUCAUCUGCAACGGUGUCAAGGACAAUGCACGUGGGACACUUCUGGCCUUUCUUUUUGACAAUUGGCCUUACCAGCGUUCGUUUUCAUGUCGUUUUUACCUAGUACGGAUUAAAAGAGGGCACCUAUUUCCGCGACAGAGAAAGCAAGCAGGCAAGAAGGCAAAGGAGAGGCCACAGAAAAAAACUACUACCUUAAUUCACACAAAUUUCUUCCCUACAUGCAUCGUUUAUUACGGCGUUUAAGAGAUACCAGAAUCAGAAUCAGAACCUUGACAGUCGU